UACGGCGUCUGACGCAAAGACGCAAAAUCCACCGCGGCAGAGCAGUGGGGCGGGGCACGUAAACGGCGAGAUCUAAAUAAAGGAUCGUGCAGAAAUUUACUUCAAAGUGUUUUACAUUUCCUCGACAAUAGAAAGGUAAGGUGUGUAGUGAUGCCCAUUCGCCGAGCAGCAACAACUCCGCCACAGGAGAAGCUCCCCUCCGGGGCGGUGGAGAAAGAUGAAGCAAGAGUGGAUGAAGAGUCUUCACCAGCGAAUGAAGGUCCUCUUAAGUCAUCAGCCCCAGAUGCUUCAGCAAAAGAGGGCCAGUCCACUGAUGAGUCUGAACCAACAGAGAAUGGAGAGAAGGAUCCUGAAGAAGGACCUGCAGAGGAUGGGAAAGACAAGAGAGAUGACAAAUGCAAGGACUGCUUGGCUGGACACUGCACCACACACUGCUAUGUUCUCCUACUAAGGCUGAAGGAUGGAUACAAGUAUGAAAAGUCCAAAGGGAAGAAGGUGAAAAGGACCAUUCCGGCUUGGGCUAGCAUUGCCUCCAAUAAAAAAGUCCCUGUUACAAACUAUGCAGGGACACAGCACAAACUGGAUAACAUUCUCGUUGAAGCUAUAACGUCUUUCAACUCUAGAUCUGGGGUUUCCUACCAGUCUCUAUUUAAAUAUAUUGUCAAAAAAUAUCCUUCAAUGGACCUUGACAAAAAGAAGUUUCUUAUUAAAAAAGCUAUGAAGAAACAGUUGGGGAAUGGUGCCAUCAAGCAGCUAAAGGGUAAAGGCCUCUCUGGAACUUUUGCCAUUGGAAAAGUGGCACAAGCAUCAAAGAAGGCUCCACAGAACGCAGAGUCUCUUGGAGAUGCCCUGCCCCUCAUCAUCACACGGCUCUGUGAGCCCAAAGAAGCCUCCUAUACUCUUAUUAAGAAGUAUCUGAUGCAACACUUUCCUGCUCUCAAUGUUGAGAAAAGACCUGAUAUUCUUAAAGCAGCUUUGGUAAAAGCCAUAGAAAAAGGCCAAAUGGAACAGAUCACUGGGAAAGGAGCAAGUGGAACGUUUCAGCUGAAACGACAUGGCAACCAAAUACAGUUGAAAGGUAGCACGCUGGAUGACGCCAUUGUAGCUGCAAUCACAGCCAUGAAUGAACCCAAGACAUGCAGCACCACUAUUCUACGAAAACACCUUGUAGACGCCAACAAGGACAGGAAGGAGCACAUACUAGUGUCUUCUCUGAGGAGGACUCUGACCAAGUGUAAAGUACUUGGCUGGAUGGAGCAGAUCACUGGCCACGGCUUCACAGGGACUUACAGGCUCUCAUUCCCCUACUACCCAAGUCCAACAGUUUUGUAUCCAGACCGGUUUAAAGAGCUUGAAAAAACCCCAGCACCAAAACGAAGGAAGACCAGGUCUGACGACGAGUCAGAGGAGGAAUCAGAAGAAUCAGAGGAGGAAGAGUCAGAAGAUGAAGCUCCAGUCCGCAGUCGGAGUAAGAGACCUCCACCCAAAGCACGACGUCCUCCACCAAGUAAAUCCCGAAGUGCCGCUCGCUCCAAAUCCAAAGGUGGCAAGAAGUCACCAGUCAAGAAAGUGGCAAGCAAACGUGUCGUCUCCAAGAAGGAAUCCGCAGCUGUGAAAAAAGCUACCCCUGUGAAGAAAAGAGCUCCUGCAAAAAAGCCCAAAACUCCUGCUGUUAAAAAGAUGGCCAGCAGGGCAGCUAAGCGACCUGCACCCAGAGAUUUGUCUUCUGAUGAGGAAGAGGAAGAAGAGGAGGAAGAGGAGGUAAAAGCACCGAAAAAGGCAGCGAAAGGACGGUCUAAUCGUUCUAAAUCAGAAGAAUCUCCUGCACCUCCAGCUAAAAAACAGGCGACCAAAAGCGUUUCCCGAGCUGCACCGAAAGAGUCCAAACCUGCCGCCAAAAAAGGGGCCAAGAGUAGCGCUCAGUCUGCCCGAAAGUCCAAAAGAGGAAAGCGCUAAACAAAGUGAGCCUCGCUACAAGAUCAGCAGUUUGCAUCUGUACCAGUGCUCUUUUUAUCAGUUUCUGCCUUUUUUAACGAGGCAACAGUUUUUUAUUUUUAUUGUAGAGUAGAUUAAUUUUUUUAGUUAAAUGUUAAAUCAAGAGUUUCCAGUGUUUCUUAAUCUCUGUGCGUAGGAAGCUGAGUUAGUGCUUUAUAAAACAGGUUUAUGAACAGAUGGAGAAAACGUAGCAAGGUCCAACAUGUAACUAGAGACAUGAAGUUACUUCUGUUUUUAUACUUCCUCACCCUCGUAGUUUUCAGCAGCACACAAUACAAUGAGUUUUCACUGGGAAAUUUAGUUGGUUCAGUUUUUGUAAAACAGUACGUAGUUUAAUUCUAUUUUAUCAUUUUAAUGGCUUUUGUAAAAGAUUGAAAUGAUUUGCCUUAUGUGCUAGUUUUUUUGUUUUUUUUUAAACAUUACCCCUAAAAGAUUUGUGCCUGCAGGUGCCAGGUGAUUGACUUUUAAAGUCAGUAUUCGUUUUAAAAUGUGGAUUUGAGGAAAUGUCUUUUUGAUAUGUGUGUGAAUAUAUACAUAAAAAAGAUUUGAUUUCAGUGGAUAACAGUAGAAACUUUGAGAAAUGUGUGUUGUGAAUAAGAAAAAGAGAAGGAGGCCAAGAGCUUAAUACGUACUCUGUAUGCAUGUAUACCUUGUGUUGUUCAGCUUUUUUCUCAAGUCAUUAAUAAAUGGCUAUAUUUGUAA